AGUUUUGCCUUCUUGUUUUGUAGCUGUGGGACACCUCUGGUGACGCGAGAUUUCGGUCCGUGAUCUCGCGUUAUUUCAGGCAGGCUGACGCGGUGGUUCUCGUCUAUGACGCGUCACAUCCCGAAUCCUUCGAAAAAGUCAAGUGGUGGAGGGAUGACUUUCUGACCAUCACUGCCGCUGGCGACGCAGAUGACGCGUUGUUAGACGCCCGUGCCAACGUCAAUGAAGAAUCGGGGAAGGAAAACGCCUCUCCGUUCGAGGAAAUCUUCGAUGAUUUGAAGACAAGCGCGGAGAAGACUUCCAGAAAGAUGUCUUCAGCUCUUGACGAGUUUGUGGACUUCGUCAAAACGAGGGUAAGUGACUUGGAAGGGGAAGAUAAUCACCAUGGCAACAACGACGCAGGCGGAACGGAUACCAGAAAGGACGGUGACGUCACAAAUAUCACCGAAAUGACAGAAACGAAGGGCAAAGUCGGUACCGUGGAGACUGAGGCUCGUGCGGGGUUUUUGGAAGCACCGGAGAGAACAGAAGUGCCUUUCAUCGUCAUAGGGAACAUCAAGUUCGAGGGCUCGGAGGACACGCGCGAGGUUCACAACGACGAGGCGCAGGCUUGGUGCGACAGCAAAAACAUCCCGUACUUGGAGACAGACUGCCAGGACCGCUCCGUUCUGGACUUCGCCUUCCAGACCCUCAUCAGGAAUGUCUUGCAGAACAGACAGACUGAAGAAAACGGAACUGAAUAAAGUGACGAACACAUAGUCUACGUCACUGUAAAAAUGCCUCCUCCCCAAAAAGUUUAAAACUAUCAUAGGUCUUAUUAAUUAGACUAGCCUAGAGUACAUAAUUGAAAAAAAACUAUAUGACGAACCUUCAAAUGCAAUGGAGGCCAGGAGGAAUUGAAGUGAGAAGACUAUCAUCGUGUUCCAAUUUUUCGACACCUUUUACCAGACUGCACUGAACAGACCCAGAAGAGUACUUAACUUAGUGUCACCAAGGACC